UGGAUGGGUGUGCGAAGUGCGUCAGAAAACAUGUCGGACGAAGGAAAGCUGUUUGUCGGUGGUCUCAACUUUGACACCAACGAGAAUUCGCUGGAGUCCGUGUUCUCCAAAUACGGGCAGAUCUCUGAAGUCAUUGUAAUAAAGGACCGUGAGACACAGAGGUCCAGGGGCUUUGGUUUUGUCACGUUUGAGAACCCCGAAGACGCAAAGGAUGCUAUGAUGGCCAUGAAUGGAAAGUCUAUCGAUGGGCGUCAGAUUAGAGUGGAUCAAGCGGGCAAAUCCUCUGGAGACAGACAGCGGAGCUAUAGGGGUGGUCCGGCAGGUGGCCGAGGUCCGUAUCGUGGUAGAGGAGGUCGUGGAUCACGUGGGUAUUCUAGAGGUGGAGAUCGAGGUUAUGUCGGUCGCUAUGAUGGACAAAAAAGCUACUCUGCGGGAGGAGGAAGAGACUAUUAUAACCGAGACAGGAGUCAAGGCAGCUAUAGUGGUUCCUACAGGGACAGCUAUGACAGCUAAGGGUGAAUUAGGACUCGCCUCCAAUGGGACAUUUCGUCAAUAAAGUGGCGCUGUUGGUCCAGUGACUGGGGUAACCGAUUGUGGGACAGGAGAGAGAGCUUUCGUUAGCUGGUGAGCAGCCUUCACAGCCAUUAGACCAGGAAGGUGCUGAGGUGAAGCUGCAAGGUGUCAGGAUUGAAGAGACCUUGAUUAAACCUUUGUACAAUGCAGUCCAGUAUUUAAUUCCAAAUUGUCUCCGCUGCCUGGGAAUAUGUGAUACCAUCAGUGAUUGCGCUGAUCCAUUUGAAACCUGCAGUGCUGUUUACUGUUCCACAGCGCUGACAUGUGAAAACUUAACUGUUUGUAAACUACAGUAUUUUUCCACCUUGUUUUUUUUUAAAAGCCUGCAAGGUGGAUUGGAGUUUCACAGUGUCUGUCUCCUCUCCCCUGUUGUUGAUGAUAGAUUGAGGGAGGCACUGGUGUUGACAGAUGGACGGUGACAUAUUUACAACAUAGUGCGUGUUUGGCUGCUCAGAACUCGGCAAACCAGAUCAGCCUGGAUAAUUGCUGCUUCUAACCACUCACAAGCACUGCCCUGUGUGAGAGGCGCUAUACAGGAGCUGUUUUUUGGAUGAUUUUGCGCUCGCCCAAAGUAUUGCUAGAUCCUGAUCCAUUGUCGUUGGGUGGGGGAGGGUGGAGGCAAAGAGAAACGUACAGGUUUGCCAAUGGCAACCCCAGAAGUAAGAGUUUAAUGGUGAAGCAGCCAAAUAAAAUAUCUGCUUUGAAUUUUAAAAGCUUGAUACUUGCAAUGUGAUGGCGAUCGGGCAAACAAAAAGGUAAUCGUUUGCCAGUGGAAUUCCAGAGGGUGGGGGCAGAAAGGCUGAACUAAGGCCCGAUCGCCAGUGGGAGCAGCGGACCAUUCGAUUUAAAAAAAAAAGUAUGUUCUAAUUGGCUGAUUUCAGCGCUCCCGACGUGAAAGGCGCUAAACAAAAUGUAAUUUUGUUGUUAUACACGAGAUUUCUGUUUAAUGUGAAUCCAGCUUCAGUGCUGAUUUAUACAUCGUCUUUUAAGAGACCUUUCUCGCUUGAGAAUACAUAACUUGCUGUAUGUGCAGUGAGAAGGAAUCUGGGAGUUUACUGUGGUCCACAGCUCUGGGAGUACCAAAUGUACUGUAUCUGACUAACCUGUGGGUGAUGUUUGAUUUGUAUGUUUUCAAAGAAAAGGGCUCGUGUCCAAGUAUUUGUGUUGACGCAGAAGAUUCUGCCAAGUCUGGUUCCAAGUGUGCAAUAGGACUUAUUCCGUCCUUAAAUUCAAUAGAUAUUUUUGUUUGACAGUGUGAAUACAGACCAAAUUUAUCUACUGGACACACGUCACUGUGAAACAUCUAUUGUCAGAAAUUCUCAGCGGAUUGUUUGCACAAAUUAUUUCCAUGCCAGUUUGCGAAACAGUCCCCGUGUUUUUGGCUGGUGGUUUUUGUAUGUUUCUUAAUGUUUAAUAAGUAAAUUAAAAUAUUGUGGAAACA